AUGAGGAGCGAAGGAGCAGCGAAACACAAGGAAAACCAACAAGGGAAAGGAAGUGGAACGGAUAACAGCACUGUAGAGAUAUACCAGGAAAGAAACAGAGAGGACGAUGAGGAGUGGACCAGUGACACGGUGUUCCUCGAGCCAUUUGACCUGGAAAAAUCGACCAAGCAACACCCGGUGUGCAUAAAGAAGGCGCUGAAAAGCGUUGGGGUGCAAAACUACACAAGCAUCUCGGCAGUGGGAAAGUUUCGCUUCAAAGUCACCUUCCAAUCGGCCCACGAAGCAAAGAAACUAGUAGAGGUAAACUUGAAGGAGGAAAACCUAAAAUGCUACAUGCCAGUCACCCUCAAACAGACUGUUGGGCCGAUAAAAGGAAUACCGAAAUCAUACACCGAUGAGGAAUUAAAAGAAAACCUGGCGAAGGACGUCACCAUACUCAAGGUUGAGAGGAUGCGGAUUAUGGACUCGAACAGAAACCUCAAGGAUACGGAGAACGUGAAAAUCGUGUGCAAGGGGAAAGACCUUCCAGCGAACGUGGAGCUCUACCGAUGCUUCUUCAAGGUCGAGUUGUAUCUGUUCCCAAUUAAACAGUGCAAAAAUUGCUGGGCCUUCGGACAUCGCAAGGAAAAAUGCUGGAGAACGACAAAAUGCAGAGAAUGCGGAGAAAACCAUGCAGGUGGAAGCUGCAAAAGGAAGAGUUGCGUUAACUGCGGAGGAUCGCACGAUCCAACCGACAGACAGUGCCCCGAGAAAAAGAAGCAGAUCCAAAUCAACCUAACAAUGCAGCAGGAAAAGAUGACGUACAGAGAGGCCCGCGCGAAAUGGAACGAGCAAAACCAAUACGAAUUGCUAUCGAAUGAGGAGGAAUUCCCGGACAUCGCCCGACUCUGCACAAGCGAAACCCGUCCGGCACCCAAUACAAAACGAUCAGGGGAACAACAAAAAAACCGGAUCAUCAACUUUUGCCAUCAGCCUCGCAGACGAAAGUAUCGUACGCUGACAAAGUAA